UACCAGCAGUUACCUCCGGCUAUAUUAGCCGCCCGUGAAGACGAGGCCCUGGCACACGGACGUGUCUUGUAUGGGCUUAUUAAACCUACAAAGGACAUGAAACAGAUCGAAUCAACCGCAGCUAUGGUGAAUGUUAUACCAAAAAAGAGAAUAUAUCGAAUGGAGAAUCCAGAGGAAGUAGACCUGUUUAUGGCGGAAUUGAUGAAGAGACCCCUCGUACUUCAACCAUCAGCAUUUAUUGGGCGGGGCUUAUCAGUGUUGAGAUGUACACUCUAUUCUAAUGAAGAACGUUGGGUUAUGCUGAUUAAUCAGGCUCAUCCAAAGGUCCACAGUAGGAUAAAGAUUGGUAUUGAAACUGCAAAGGCAAAAAUGAACAGAGGAGAGCCGUUUACUUUAGAGAUAUCAUUUAAUGCCUACUUAAAGAGGAUAUAUCUGGAUAAACUGACCAAGGCUGUACUAGAUAAAAGAUUUACCUCUAUAGAUUUUGAAGAUGCUGAAAUUGUGAUUCGUUACCCUGGUGACAGAGCUCAUAGGGGCAUACAGUGGGAACUUCAGGCUUCAAAUCAAAUACGUUUUGAGUUUGAAGAUUUACUUCCCAGUGACAUAGAAAGACGUACAGUAAUGAAUGCGCAGACAGAGUGCAGUAGUCCCGCCUUACAGGUUAUCAUGCCAGAUGAGUUGUUAGAAUUACUGCCUGGCUGGGAUUUUGAAAUGAUUGAUCCUAUGUCUGGAGUUGUGUCAUCAGAUGAUGAGGAAGACCAGCAGGAAUCUGGGGCUGUUGGAGGUUUUGAACCUCCUCCUCCCUAUGAAAGUCAACCGUUCCUUCCUCAACCGGCUGAUGGUAAAGUAGUCGGAAGGGCACGGAGAAAGGCAAAUCAGGCUGCUGAAAAAGUUGUUGUUCCAGUUGAAAUGCAUGCACCGGUACAUAAUAGACAACAAACAUUAUACCCUCCUAAUGCUCCCACAAGUUCAAAGUCUCCGUCUUCAAGUAAUGAUUAUGAAAGACUGAACAGGCAGACUGGUCCACCAGAGAAUCCCUACGCAAAAAAAAUGGUUCAAAAUUCUGAUAUACCUAGAUCACCUGGUAUAGCUCAUCGUUUGGAGUCCCCUUACGAGACGAUGAAUUCUGGUGGGAAGUAUGGUCAAAAUCUUUCACCAUAUGGACCAUCAUCCCCAAGUUCUCCUGGAAGCCCAAGAUCACAUGGGGCUUCACCAUCGCCUCAUUCACCCAGGUCCCCAAAGUCAUAUGGAUCACCACCAUCACCCCUUUCACCAAGGACUCCUCGCACUCCAGUCACCCCGCAAUCACAUGUUGCACCAAGGACUCCCACCUCGGUACAUGCACAGAUGCAAGAUCAUUCAGUGCCACGCAGUCCAGUGACACCUAGGUCUGCACCUAGAAACGACAGAUACAACACGGAAUAUGUAAGCACACGCCCUUCACAACAGACAUACUUGACAGAUGACGAUGAUGGUGGAUUUUCGCAACACGGCCCAAAAUCGCCCCAGGUAAACUCUAGAACGGAUAUGUAUAAUGACAGUCAAUACAAUAGUCGAAAUUAUGACCCUAGAGACAGAUAUGCAAAUCAACCUUCGCAUCAUCUGGGCCGGGGCCCAACUGACAGAACUGACGAUGUUUAUAGGGAUGGGAAAAGUCCUUCAUGGCAAGGGCAACCUCAAAAUUCAGAACGGUCAGGGCCUAUUCCUGCACCGCGUGGAUUUCACAGGCAUCAAGGAAGCGGAAGGUCGGACACUUCUGCUUCGGACAGUGGAUUCGGUGAGAAUGAAAAUGGUGUUGAUUCUUCCAAUCAUAGAACUGAUAGAAAUGGUGGGUAUAAUAACAAUAUGCACGUUUCUUCAAAGACUCCAUAUUACAAUCGUGCUUUUGAAAAAGAAUCGCCAGAAAAGGAUCACAAUAUUGUUGACGAUAUAAUGGCUAAGCAUAAAGCAUUGGCCGCUAACCUUAUGAAGCAGCAAGGUCAAGGGCAAGGUGUUCGACAUUCUGGUCAUAGACAAGAUUAUUAUAAUGAUUCAAACUAUAACAAAGAAUUACAAAAAGUGAGGCUAAAUAUUAAUGACCUUGAACAAUCUUGUGCUGAACCUGAGGUGGAAUUUUCAAGGUCAAGGUUGCGUGUUAAUUCACAAGAAGAGCCAAUGGCAGAAAGCUUUAUAUAAGUGUUCAAUAUGAAAAAAAAGAUACAUUUUCGCAAAAGGAUGCAUUUGUUUUAGAAAUAUUUCAUUGUAUAAGGUAGACACUUAAUGAUAAAAUAAUUUGUGCUAAACUUAUGAAAUGAAAUAGAAGGUUGUAAAAAAAAAACUGCUGGAAAAAUUACCAAGUUUUAUUGGUAUAAUUAUGUCAAGUAAAUAAACCUGUAAACUUCAUCUUGCACAAGGAGUUGAUGUGCAAUAUUGAAAAUAAAAAAAACACAUUUGGAAAUAUUAACUUCAUAUAAGCCGAAAAAUUCAUUAGAAAUAGUCACCAGUGAAAUGUUUUUUAGUAAUCCUUGGUGGUAUUAUGUUAGAUAAUUGUCUCAAAAUAGUCAAAUUUAAUCUAUUGAUUAUGGAAGUAUGUUAACAAUAAGUUAUAAUGUAAAACUUUCUAUUUUAACUUGUAGUCUUUCAGAGUAAAUAUUUUGGUGUCUUUGAAUAAUUUGAAAGAUUUAGAUAAUGAGGGAUAUUUUAUUAUGUUUAGAAAUAUAAAUGAAGGGAAACACUCAUGCAAGAUUGAAUAUAAAAGGUUGUAAUAUUUUCAAAGAUAUAAAAUUGGGAUAACAAUCAGAAUCAUCAGACGAUUUUAUUUGCCAUAUUUUACUGUAAAAUAAAAUAAAAGGAACUAAGUAAGGCUAUACAAUAAAUGCAGAUAAAUUUUAACUAUAAUACUUUCAUCUGAUGUUGGGAUGUUUUUGUCUUUCAGCAAGCAUUCACUAUAUAUUUUGUUAUGUUUAGUUUGUUUACUUUACUGAUUUAUUAAAAAAAAAUGAAUAUUAAUUUUGUUCAAGGGGGAGAACUGUAGUAAUUUUCCUGUCCAUCAAAAUUUUAAAUUGUCUCCCUUAUGUGAAAUUCAUCUACCGAAGUAAAAUUUUUCUUACACUUUUUUUUUAAGUUUGAUAUUGUGUAUAUAUUUUAUUUUAACUUUGUAUAUUUGUAUCAUAGUGCUAACUUUUUGAAAUUUACUUUUAACUGUAUUUUAUGUGUUCCAUCAGUUUUUCAACAUUCCAAAAUUAAUGUUAAAGUGGCAUUAUGCUCAUUUUUUUUCACUGUCAUGUUGAGUUGAAUUAAUAUUAAGUUUCAAAAGAUUGACUAUUAAAAUGUUAAUUGACCAAUAAUUGAUUAUAAAAUUGCUUAGAAUAAAAUAUAAAAAUUACAUAAACUAUAAAAAGACUACCCCAAACUUUUUAAAAAUUUAUAGUUACAGAUACAUUCCGAACAAUAUUUAUAGAACAGCCUUUGGUCAUGUGAAAUAUUGAUUACUUUUGCAGAGUAACAUAUAAAAUUGAACACAAAUAUGGCAAAAUUUUAAGAUUUUUUUUCUUUUACGCUUUGAACUCACCUGAUUUACACUUGGAUUGGCACAAUGUCACUUUAACUACUAGGAAAUCAUUAAGUCUGUAGUUCCAGGUGUAUUUACCUUUUAUUUGCAAUAACAUCUCUUUUCUGCAUUCACUUAAGUAUGUUGGUUAUGUAAAUAUUUAUUUGUCUUUGUUUAUGCUAACUGAACAACAUACGUUUUUUUAAUUUUUCUAACAUUGCUUUCAGAUAUUUUCAUAUGUAACCUUGUUAUAGUGCAAUGUAUUUGCCAUGGAUUAAAAUUUGCGGUAUUUCAAUAUGAAAAUUUCAAUACAAAACAUUGAGCUACCAGCAGUAUAGACCUUGGUAAGACUAUACAGACAGAUGUUCAGGCUGGCCUGGCUCUAUACUGGUGACAAAGGCUGAUCACUUUCAGUCCCCACAGGCUAUGGGUUAAAUUUAGCAGCUUUAAUAAUUUAGCAGUCUUCAUCCUUGUACAAUAACGUUAUCUCUCAUAUUAAGGUUGAUGGAUGCUAAAAAUGUGCUAUGUAAGUUAAAUUUACUUUUCUGACAAGGUACUUUUUGAAAGAUUAGUCAGUUGUUAGUAAUAUAAUGUUAGUAAAGAAGUGCAGGAAUAUAACAAUUGUUUGAAAUGCUUACAAACUCUAUGACCACUAUAGAAACCGAUAGCGAACAGUAUGGAUCCUGAUCAGACUGCGCGGAUGCGCAGGCUGGUCUAGAUCCAUGCUGGUCGCAAACGCACUAUGUUGGUUUUUUCGUGACACGGCUCAUUUUAUUCUUUGUACAGUGUAUGCCUUCUUAGCCAGUUACUAUUAUUUAUACAGGUUAAGGGUUAAGAUUCUAAUAAUUAUUUUUGUCUGUCCUUCUUUUAUGAUGUGCCAUAUGCUUUUAUUAUAAAUGAAUAAUUUUCUCUUAUAUUUAUUUUUAAUCUAUUUUGCCUUAUAGGGAAAUAGGUUUUUAAUAAAUUCUUGGUGCAGUACUGAUUCAAAUAAUCACCCCAAAAUUCUAGUUAGAUUUAUGCAGCUAAAGAGAGGGGUAGGGGUCUGGCAGUUUUUUUUAUAUUAUUUUGUGAUUUAUCUUUUUUUUUCAGAAAAAGUAACAAUACAUUCAUUUGGCAUAUAAGUAUUAGUUAGCAAGUGUUUUAAUCAUUUUUUCCUAUUUUUAAGUAAAAAAAAAUAUUUUUUUCUUGACCUUAUUAAGACUUGACUGAAUUAAAACUAUUUGUCUCUGACUUCAUGAAAGUGUUAAUGAAGAAGUGUGCUUAUGCAAAUUUACAAUAUUUCUUUAUGCACUUCUCUUUACAACAAUUUUAUUUUUCUAUUCAUGUUGAAAUAAAAACAAACAAAAAAUAUAAAUCAUUGUAGCUCUAAAUGUAGUAUAAUCAAAUGCUGUUGAAACAGAGGCAGAAUAAAUGAAAAUGCAGAAUAAAUGAAAAUGUCUUAAGUUUGUACACAUUAAUGUAUAAAAGAUUAGUUCUAGUAAUGUGCAGUGGAAUGGUGUUUAUUUUAGUAUUGCUGCAAUAUAUAAUACAUAAGGUGAGGAUCCAGUACAGUACUAUUGUAACAAUACAUGUGAGUCUGCUCGGUUUGCUCAAUAGGGAGAGCAUUGGAUUUGUAAACCAUGAGUAACUGGUUUGAUAACUACCUAACCCACUCACUCAAGUUUUAGGACUGACCAUUGCCAAUUUUUUUGGGUUGACCAUUGCCAAUUUUUUUGGGUUGACCAUUGCCAAUUUUUUGGGUUGACCAUUGUCAAUUUUUGGGGAUAUAAGGAUGAAAAAUCCAAAAGCUAUAGUCAGCCAAUAGUAUAGAACAGGUACAGACAGCAUGGUUGUACAGGCUGUCCUGACUCCUGGCUUUAUAUUGAUGGCAAAGGUUAAAUAACUUUUAUGUUCCAGCUGUUUGUUUUGUCUUUUUUUGUCUGUUUUUUUUUAUAACAGUUUAAAUAAUAAUAAUAAUAAUGAUUAUUCUGAUGUUGAAAUUCCUCUUAUUCACAAUAAUUUAUUUAAAGUUCCAAAUUAAAAAAAAAUCGGGUGUAACUCUGGGGUUGGAGUUACAAGAACAAUUUACAAUAGUGUUGUACUGAGACCCUUAGUGUAUAUUGUCUGUUUAAAUCAAUGACUGUAUGUAGUACUAGUAAUGUAAAACAUUUAUUAAUAUAGAUAUUAUUUUAGUCAGCAUUAAAACAGUCAAACCUGUCCUAAAAGUUAGGUAAAAAAGAAUGAAAUUUUUGAACUUUCUUUACAUGUACACAUAUAUUGAUAAAUGAAAUAUUCUUUUUUUUGUCACCAAUUUUCUUUUCACUGGUUUUUUUUUUAUACAUGUCCGCAUGGAGUCAGUUUCAUGUCACUUUUGUAAAUUUUCCCAUCUGUGAAAAUUUUCCCUAUGUUAAAAGUUUAAUGUUUUACUGAUAUUAAUUAUAAGGAUUAGUAGUGUAAAGGGACCAUUUUCAAUUUUGCUAUGAUGAACUUUAGUGGUAGUUUGGACUGAUUUUUGAGUUCAUGUUUUUAUCUAUCUGUUAUAAUCUAUAGGACUGUAAGAUUUGAAUAUUUAAUAUAUUAGAGAAAAGUUUAACAUAGUAAUAACAGAAGAGCAUGGAAGGUCUGUCUUCCAUGUGAACAUUUAUUAAAGCAGGGCGCUUCAAGAUUCAAGCUAAUUUUGAUGAACGUUUAAAAAAAGUCCUAAUUGAUAUAAAUAAUAUCUCUUUGAAAACUAGUGUACUUAUCUAAAGGUGUUAAACAAUUUAUUAAGAAUUGAGAUGAGCUGUAUUUUCAACAUUGGCACUUUCUUAAAGGUACAUUAAUGAAGAUAAUAUACAUACUCAAGUUUUAUAUUUUCAAUUUUAGAAGUUAAAGACACAAAUUUAAAUGUUCUGUUUUCAAUAUUUUAACUUCCAAAAUUGUCUUUGUAUAUUUUUUAAUGCCUUGUAAAUAUUGUAUAUAUGUAUGUACUAUUUUAAAAAACUGUGAUUAUGUAUUUUUUUUAUUAUAAAAUUCAUUAUAUACAUUUCUUAUAUAUAUAUAUACAUUUAACAAUGGUUAUGAAUACAUAUCAUUAUAUUGUAGAAUAGUAAAUAUAUAUAUUUUUGUAAACUUUUUGGUUUUUGUUACAAUAUUUGAAGUAAUUCUGAAGUUGUCAUUAUAAAAAUCAGAUUAAAACACUACUUUUGGUGAUAUUUUAACUACAAAAUAUGUAAGUAGAUCUACAUUUUGUAAUUAAGUUAUUUGGUACAGUUUAUUGAAAUUUAUUAAUCAUUUACAUAACUGGCAUAGAAUUUUUCAGACUUGAGCAGUCUUUGGUAACUGUGUAAUAUUGUUAUUUUGGUUAACUGUGAAUCAAAUUUCCAAUUGUUACCCUUCACAAACAAAUCUAAUGCAUAUAAAAAUAUACCUUUAGUUCACAAUAAAAUAAAUUCAAUCACAUUCCCUUUUAAAUACAUUACAAUGAAAAGCAACAAAAUAUAUGAUAUGAUAUGAAAAUGAAGUUGUAGUUAUGAAACCCUAUUGUCUGUGAUUUUUCCUAAUGAUUUAAUUGAAGUUGAUCACUCUCAUCCCUCUGAAACUAAAUGAGCCGCGUCACGACAAAACCAACAUAAUGGGUUUGCGACCAGCAUGAAUCCAGACCAGCCUUUGCAUCUGAGGAGUCUGAUCAGGAUCUAUGCUGUUCGCUAUCAGUUUCUCUAUUUGUAAAAGGGUUAGUAAGCGAACAGCAUGGAUCCUGAUCAGACUGCGCGGAUGCGCAGGCUGGUCUGGAUCCAUGCUGGUCGCAAAUGCAUUAUGUUGGUUUUGUUGUGAUGCGGCUCAAAUACAUCACUGUUGGCUGACUAACCUAAAAUUUAAAUCUUGUCAUUUCUAAAAUUGACAUUAGACAGUUUCAUAAAAUUGAAUGCUUAAAAUAUUAAAGAAAUUAAAUAGCUUAAUUUUAAUAGGUUGCUUUUAUUUGUUUCCAUAGAAUACUUACAUUGGAACUAAUUAUUCUAGAUAUCUAACUAUAACAUAACUCUACAUGUACUUUUCACAAAGACAAGCUUAACUAAAGAAAACUCAUUUAAUGUUGGUUUGAAAUUUUCACAGACAUCAUAUUAUUGGAUAAUUAUCAUGUCAUUAAUGAAAAAAGGAAACUUAAAUAAAUCAGUGAUAUAAUAUAAAAUAUGUUGUUGUUUUCUUAUUACCCUAGUAUAUAAACCUCUUAUGACCUUAGACGCUUAGUACAUAAAUACAUGAAACGUGGCUACGUGAGAAACUUAGUAAAAUGUAUCUGUUCUUUCUAUGUUGUAUAAGAGCGUAUUAUCUCAUUUUACC